GAUAAUAAAAAUAAUAUAUUACUCUCUCUUAGUUGUCUCCAGACGUUGGCCUAUUACUGUAACCCAACUCCCUCUUCCUCCUCCCUAGGUGUCCCCACUUCAUCUCUCAUCACAGAUUCCGCACCCCUAGCCUUCAGCCGAGCGCCGGAGCCCGACGCUACCAUGGCCAAUGCGACACCCAAUACAAGACAUAUCGAGAAUCUUGGCGCCCGAACGAGAACACACGAGCAAAGAUCUCAACGCGAUGCUUGAUAUUCAGUGAUACAGUCUUCACCGGGUGGAGCGACCAAGCAAGGAGCAAGCAUGCUCGGCCUUUUUACACCCGCUCUCCACAUUGAAGAGGCCCCGGCCCCUGACAACAAAUCUAUGCGAUGGAUGGACAUCCUCCCAAUGCCGAGGGCACCUCAGUUGAGGUUGCACAAGGCAGCUUGCUUGCUGAUGAGCUUCAGGGAUCCUUGGACCUCAUUUCAGGGGUACGUAGCUCCAAGCUCCCCCGCAAUCCCCCCACAGUGGGGUGGUAUUUGUCACACCAUCCACCGGCAACCUCCCGCUCGUCGUCAUCAACAUCUAGAGGUACCUAUCAUCCGACAAACAUCAACUCUAUUCACGCGAACACUGCUCCAAAGUACAUUGACGCUGUGCCUUCAAUGUCAAACUGUAGCCGAUAACAAACCGACAACGAUGCCCCACGACGACAUGCUCGAACGCUCGCAAUCCCUCCUCCUCCGCAGCGCCACCUCCCGCCGUCAUCUAACCGACUUCUUCUCCCGCGCCCUCUCCGCGUUCCAAUCCUCCACUGACUCGCCGCAAAACUUUCAAGUUGUCUGCACAGCCCCUCCAGCAAGUAGCAGUAAUGCUUCCGCUUCCGCCGCUGCUGCCCACGACGCACAAGGGAAACUCCUUCAUCCACAAUCUCCAGUACCGAUCCCACCGACGAAGCGACCGCACACUCUGAUCGUGCUGGACUCGAGCUUCAACCCGCCUACACUGGCGCAUCUGCGCAUGGCUACCUCGGCAGUGCACGAUGUCAUCAAGAAGAAGAGAAAGGGAGAAGAUGAAAAGGACAUGAGCGGGUUACGACUCCUUCUCCUCCUAGCAGUCGUCAACGCCGACAAGGCGCCCAAGCCAGCGGCCUUUGACCAGCGACUAGCCAUGAUGUGGGCCUUUGCUCACGACGUACAACGGGCUCUAAGAGGGGAAGCGGGCGAAAGUACCAACGAGGUGUCGCCAGCUUCCGGUCCGGGACCAAAACCAGAGAAGCCGCAAAUCCACGAUAGUAGUCAAUUGGAGGCGACGGAGGAAGAACAACAAAAGCAAGGACUACCAGUAGAUAUCAGCGUCGAUAUCGGUCUAACAUCGAAACCCUACUUCCACGAAAAGAGCCGGGUGAUAGCUGAGUCCGAGUUUUACAAACCACCACAAGAAGAGGGAGAGGAGGAUACAAUGGAACAAGUCAUCUUGGUAGGCUUUGACACGUUGAUCCGUAUCUUUGAUCCAAAGUACUACGGCCCUGCCACGCAGGUCACGGCGCACGCGCAUGAUCAAAGCCGGAAGGGGUCACCGAUACAGCAAGCGCUGGAUCCGAUGUUCAAGCGGGCCAAGUUAAGGGUGACGCUGCGGACGAAUGAUGAGUGGGGGGGUAAGCAGGAGCAGAUGGCGUAUCUGGAGAGCUUGUUGAGUGAGGAGGGGCUGGCGAAGAUUGGGGGGAGUAAGGAGUGGGCCGAGAGGAUUGAGCUGGUGGAGGGGAGGAGGGAUGGGGAGGAGAUUGUGAGUAGUACGUAUGCGAGAAAGGCGGCGGAGAGGGAGGAGUGGGAGAAGUUGAGGAGGUUGGUGUCGCCUGAGGUUGGGAAGUGGAUUGAGGGGGAGAGGUUGUAUGUUGUUGAUGUGAAGCCGGGGGCAUGUUGAUUAGAUGUUGAUGGUCUUGAAAGUCAUCAUGGUAAGACAGGAUGGUAGAAGAGACUUGAGUAGAUCGAUUAUAUAUCCCUUUCAAGACCGA